AUGAAUCUGUCCAGGCACCUUUGUCGCACACGGAAGGUGACAAGUCUGCGACUGACCGAAGUAGUAGUUCUCCCCCGUACGUGGACAUCCACGAGGACAUCACUCUCUGCUGCAGAGGUGACAAGUCUGCGACUGACUGAAGUAGUAGUUCCCCCGUACGUGGAUAUCCACGAGGACAUCACUCUCUGCUGCAGGUUCGACACAGACGGCGAGAAGCUCUACUCAGUCAAGUGGUACAAGGACGAGUUGGAGUUCUGUUCGACACAGACGGCGAGAAGCUCUACUCAGUCAAGUGAGGUAACAAGUCUGCGACUGACUGAAGUAGUAGUUCCCCCGUACGUGGAUAUCCACGAGGACAUCACUAUCUGCUGCAGGUUCGACACAGACGGCGAGAAGCUCUACUCAGUCAAGUGGUACAAGGACGAGUUGGAGUUCUGUUCGACACAGACGGCGAGAAGCUCUACUCAGUCAAGUGAGGUAACAAGUCUGCGACUGAAUGAAGUAGUAGUUCCCCCGUACGUGGACAUCCACGAGGACAUCACUCUCUGCUGCAGGUUCGACACAGACGAGGUAACAAGUCUGCGACUGACUGAAGUAGUAGUUCCCCCGUACGUGGACAUCCACGAGGACAUCACUCUCUGCUGCAGGUUCGACACAGACGAGGUAACAAGUCUGCGACUGACUGAAGUAGUAGUUCCCCCGUACGUGGAUAUCCACGAGGACAUCACUCUCUGCUGCAGGUUCGACACAGACGGCGAGAAGCUUUACUCAGUCAAGUGGUACAAGGACGAGUUGGAGUUCUUCAGGUACAUGCCGGGCAACACUCCCCACACGCAGAUAUUUCCUCGUCCAGGCAUUGUUUUAGACGAAACCCUGAGUGACAAGACCAGUGUAACGCUGACAGCGCUGAGCUUCAACACUAGCGGGACGUACAGGUGCGAGGUCUCGACUGAGGCGCCUAGCUUCAAAACUGUGUUUGCCAGCAACAACCUCACUGUUAUGGUCCUGCCAACGUCGGAACCCGAGAUAGUCGGAGUGCAGAGGCGUUACUACCUGGGUGACCACAUCAACACUACUUGUACCUCGGCUUGGUCUCACCCAGCGCCCUCUCUGUCCUGGUACAUCAACGGUGCCAAGGCGGAACCAACACGGUUGGUACAGUAUCCCCUGGUCUCUAGUCAUGGUUUGUUCGCCCAGUCUUUGGGUCUCAGUUUUCUCCCAGAGAGACGACACUUCCAGGGUCCGUACUUCGCCCUGGAGCUGCGCUGUCGCGUCACCAUCGACAAUCUGCCCCCCUGGGAGCGCCUGGUCACUCCCCGACUCCACGUCGAUCUCACUAACCAGAAGCUGUCCAUGGUUCUCAGUCAGGCCAGCUGUAGAGACUCCCUGUUGUCAACUGUCACCGCCCUGUCAGCAGCUAUUCUCGCCACCACCACGUGACAUUGGACUAUCACUCUACUACUCUACCAGUAACUCCCGUGUAUAUCUGUUACAAUACCUUUUUUACUUUAAAUAAAACUUGCUCAAUUAGAAAAUGUAACUAAAUACGAAUGUAUAUAGUAAACAAUGCUAACUCCUGUAUUUUUAAAUGAGCUAUUUUGUUUCAUGAUGUAAAAAGGCAAUAAAUAUUGUUGUAA